AUGACCACCGUUGUCGCCAUCCCGCAAUGCCUCCUCGAAACCGUUGACGCUCCCAUGUUCCCAGCCUUUGUAGCACUCCAGGCAGCGUACGGCGGUGUUCCUCUGCCUCCGACCCCGGAGCAAUUUGCGCUCGUUAUGAAGUACAUUGCGUACAUCCUCGACGACUGGUUGUACCCCAAGGCCAUUAAAGGUUGGGCCCGUUGGCUCCGCCGCUCGGUGUACAACGCGACCAUUCGUACUUCCAACGUCGUCCGCGUCCCAGAGGUCCUCCUCACCCACCCCCGCUCCGCCCACUAUCAUACAUUGGCGGGGCACCAAGCACUCACGGGAGGUGUCCCCAUCCCCAUUCCCGAGCGCGACUUUGUCGUGUUCCUCGAGUUCACGACGGAUGUCUACUGGGAGCACCUCUUCCGCAAGAAGGAGAUUCGCAAGGCUGCGGGGCGAUUUGCGGAUGAGCUGUACAAGGCUGCAUGCCGCAGCCCGGUCCACGCCCUCGAGAAGGUCAAGUGCGCGGACGACCCGGCUCACCUCCUCAAGGACGACGACUGCGCGAGUGCCACCACCGUCACCGAGUAA